CAUAAUCUAUAGCAACAGCAAACAGAUGCAAAGCAAAAGGAUUAUAAGUUCUUUGGUAAAACAAGAACCAGAUAACUGACUAAUGGAGGAAAUGAUUUGUUUAUGUAAUAUGUAAAGUAAUUGUAUUUGUUAAAGUGAAAGAAUAUUUUAAAUAAAUUGUCAUAAUGCAGAGGCCACAGACAAGUAUAAGUGUAUCACAGAGCAAAUUUGAAAGGUUUUAUAGAGGUAUAAAAAAUGAAUCAGGGGAAUUCUAUGUCACCUCUGGAAUUAAUCGUCCAGGAACACCUGGUCAAAAUGUAUUGGCAAGACCACCAUCAUCCUUAAUUGCACUUAAUCAAACAUCAACAGCUAAUUCACGAUUAAGUACAAUUAGUUCCAGUAGUUCUGGAGCUUUAAAUAUAGGAUUUACAUUACCUGGUCAAAUGAAUAUAAAUGUAAUGGAAAGGCCAAUUACUCAACAUGGAAUAGCAGGUAUUAGACCAGGAACAGGUAGAGGAUUGUCAAUGACAAGACAAAUUCAAGACAAAAGAUAUUAUAUUGGUCUUAUGCAACUGAAAGUAAGAGAAUUAAAUCAAGAAAUUACUGUCAUUAUAAAAGAUAUUGAAGACCAAAAUAAGGAAAGAGCUACUUAUUUACAUUAUGACAAGAGAGCUAAAGAUUUAGCUACAGAAUUAACAGCUUUACAAGGACAGCUAGCUGAUUAUAAUAUUGUUGUGGAUAAAAUGACAUCUGAUAUUGGAAAAGAAAUCAUUGAACAAGAAACCCAAGAACUUGUAACCAAAAAUGAACAAAAUUCAUUGAAAAUUGAAAAUAUGUUUGAAGAAAGAAAGAAAUUAACACAACAGUUAAACAAAAUAGAAAAGCACUUACAAGAUGAAAAAAAAAGGACAGAAAGGCUUAUAGAGAGUAUGGAUACUAGUACAAAAGAAAAGUAUGAUGAAUUAGUGAAGGAAAAAACAAGUAUACAGAAGAAAGCAAAUGAUAUGCAACAAGAAUUAGAUGAAUUACAUAAAGAACAACUCUAUUUAGAAGAAGAAAUAGCAUUAUCUCCUUUAAAGCAAGAAGCAGUUAAAUUACAUUUCAAAAUAAUAGAAGCAGAAGAGAAAAGAGACAAGAUGAGAAAAGAAGAAGAAUAUAGAAUUUCACCAGAACAGGAAAAAGAAAAGUUGUUACAGAAAAUUAAGCAAGACAAUAUGGAUAUUGCAGCUGCAGAAGCUCAAUUAGCUGAAAAAAAGAAAAAAAUACAAGAAACGGAACAAAAACUUGAGGAAUUAGAAACAGAUAUGGAAGAUACUCAAUCUGAAAAACAAAUUAAAUAUAAAGAACUUAAAAACCGAGAAGAAAUUAUAGAGCAAUUCAUGGUUUCCUUUGAACAGAAUAAAGAGGAUGAAACAAAAAAAAUGCAUAAAUUAGAGGAUACAGUAGUUAAAUUCUUAAAGAAUAUUUCAAAUAUGUUAAAUACUGAUAUCAAUUUUACAGGAAAUAACGAAAUGGCUAUUUUGAAUAAUUUACCGCCUUUUAACGGGCAUGAAUAUGUCAAUAAUGAUAAAAGUUUUGAUACAUUAGCAAAAGAAAAUUUAAAGUUACAACAAGUUUUGAGUGAAAUGGAGAUGUUAGAGCACAAGCUUAAAGCAGAAUUUACUGAUCUUAAUAGUAAAAUGAGUGAUAAAGAAAAUGGAUUGGUAAUUUUAGGUGAUUUAAACAAUUUAAAAACAAAAUUAACAUUAAAACAAGGGCAAUUGAUAGCAGAAUGUGAAGAAUUAAAACAGCAGCAAUUAAAAUAUGAACAAGAAUACAAAAUAAUUCAAUCAGAGUAUAAUGAAAUCAAACAGCGGUUGGAAAAUGAUGUUAUAUAUAGUCAAAUUAAUAUAUUAGAAAAUACUAUGGAAGAAUUAAUGGAAGAACAUAAAAAAGUUGAAAAUUUUAUUUUUAAGGAAAAAGAACGUGGUAAUUAUGCUCCAAUAAAAAAAGAUACUUUUAAUUCAAUAAAUAAUUACAAUUCUAUGCUAAAAGAAAAUUUAAAAACUACUUAUUGA